GAAGAAUUAAAUUGGUCCAUGACCAAUCCUUCCAACUCUGUUGUGAAGAACCACGACCUUGCGUUAGAAUGCAUGCCCCAAGAGUUUGAGACUUUUGUCGAUCUGGUUCAUGAUGCGCUCAAGAAGUUUCGACCUCCCAGUAGGUCGAUCUUUGAACCCCUUGCACAAAACCUCCAGGGGUUCGAUGCCUGGAGGAAGGGCACCAAGUCAGACAUUCACCUGUGCCCAUCCGCGUCAUCCCCAACAUUCAAAACAACAGUAGCCAGAGAAAUCUUCCCCUUAAUUGCGUCCUCUAUUCUCAUAGUUCGCGCCCAUUGGGCGGACCAGCACUCCUCCGGUGCAGCAACUGAGCUCAUGGCACUGGAUAUUCCUCUACCCUAUCAUGGGGGCAGGGGGACUGUCCAGUACUGGCUGAGCAAUAUACCAGAACGCCUCGUUGCAUUACGUGAGCGGUUCCCUCGUUGUCUGGAAAUCACUUCCCAGCUCUUCCCCCCUGGUAACAAGGUUCCCACCGCACGGGAGCUAAUCGACUACGCAUCACGGUUAGAAACCACGUCUCAGCAGCUCCGUAUGAUAACUCACAUCUACUAUUGUGCCGCCGCUCUGAGAGAGAUGAGGGAGUUAGGACCGGAGAAGUUUUUUGAAGGGUGUCUCCACACUUCCAGUGAACGUCACUCCUACGCCAGCCCCCUCAUCAUGACUAUAUUGAUAUCGCCACUUGUCCUGCUCUUCGAUGCCACUCUCACUAACCCAUCGGCUAUUCCCUCCAUCACCGCCAUGUUGUCGUAUGCCGUCUUGCGCGGGGGGCUCAGGGAAUCGAACGGCCCUCGGAAGGUGCUCGAGAAUGCCCUGCUUAAUCUCAUAUUUUCUGUUUCACAGACAGGACAGAUUUCGCAACACGACCUUGAGAGAUUCCACGCCGCAUGGACAAAGAUUUUGCCCUGUAUACCCGAAACCAUCAUUAGCCCUCCCGACAUGGACCCCAGGGAAAUCGGGAAUGAAAACACCCCUCUGCAUUCCACGGGGCAAGCCUCGGACAUGCAUCCCUCCAUGCCUCAAUCCUUUGCAGCUGCCGAAAUCUCAUUCAUUGCCCAAACCCCGACACCCCACUCGACCAUCGCUAAACCAUCGACCAUUCCUUCCGUUCACCCUCAGUUGGCACCCGACGCUCCGGAUGACUGGGAUGAAACGUUCACUCCCGGUCAAAAGGAGUCUCGACAGAACCCGCCCUUCACCUGGCUGUCUUCAUCCGCAAGUCAAAAACGCCGCCGAUAUGACCGUCAACCAGGGGACAGGGAACGUGCGCGGAAACCAGUCAACUUGGGAACUGGGCACAUUCAAGAAGUUUCCGUGACCGAGGAGACGAUAACCUCUAUAUCUUCUCUAGACAAAUGUAAGAUGUGGCCCCACGUCACUACUAUAGACAAAACGCUGGACGUCCCUGAGCUCAAUCCAGAUACGUGGUCAAAGCUCCUCCAUCCCGUAGACUUGCAUGUCAUCUCUCUUGUCAAUGAAGGGCGAUCUUCCCAGAGGGAGACCUUCUUCUUUCCGUACUGCAGAUGUUCUCCCUCCCUACAGAAGUUGAAGCACUACUUGGAAUCGCCCCAGCAUGAUUCCAAGGAUUGGAAGCCCGUUUUGAUGACAAUACAGGGAGCGUUAGCGAUGGAUGCACGGGAGUUUCAGCGUAAGGUUAACGACGGCACCCCGAUCGUCUUGGUGGACCACCCAAUGCAGAUUCCGUUUCGCGCACUUGGUUUCGAUGAACUUCAGCAGUCCGAGGUUCAGUGUAUCGAUUCUGACCAUUUUCUAUCGACCCGUCACCCCCAGAUCCUAGAGAUGGCCACGAGUAAUGCUUUGCACGAGAUAUGUGACUGGCGGAGAUCUAGACCAUUGAUAUUGUCACAGACCUCCACUGGUCACCAUCAAUCGAUAGAGAGCCUCCUUAAUACUCAUGAGGUGGCACUGGCGGAUUUUCCUCUGCGUGGCCGAAACUGGCGACAUCCGAUUGUCGCGGCCGCUGGCUCUAUACACCCCCCACACCACGCUCCAAACGGCAUGGGCACUAGCCUUUGCUGUGCUAGUGGUUAUGCCAUAUUCUUCAUUCCUAUCCUAAAAGGAGACCAGUUUAUGAUGAGCUGUUUCAACGGCACGGACGCGCCCCCCAACCCAAAUUUUUCAUACCUCUACGAAGCACCGUAUCGUUUUACCUCCUUUGUUCUCUCACCUGGCCAAACGGUUAUCUUUCCCCCUGGCCAAGUCUAUGCCUACGCAUCGCUUUCUCGGAAAGUAAACAAUAAACUUAUCCCCGGAUGCAUCAUGCGAAGUUCGAAUUUUCUGGCUGCUGGAUGCAUGAAGCGGUCGUUCUUGAUGAGCCGGUUGCGUCGCAACUGUGCCAACCAAUCCAAGAGCGAAGAAACUUGGAAUUCUGGUGUCACAGUGUCCUUGAUGGCCAUGGUGUGGAAUGCGGUGUGUGCCGUGUCGACUGGGCAGGAACAGCCCAUCCACUCCCCGGACCUUGUCAACCUCGCCUCAUUGGCAGCUAUGGCCACGGAGUUCAUUGGGGAUCGUGAGCCGCGCUUUUCCGGGGUGGUCAGAUCAUUGGUGCAUUAUUGUGCAGACCAAGAACCGGACUCUGUUCCCAAUUCUCAUGUCAACAACUACCAAUUAUGUGUAUAAAUAUAAAUUGGAUCAAUGUGACCCUCAAGAA